CUGCCGAGAUGAUGGCUUAUUUGUCAACAUACUACAAGAAAACUAUGCUUGGAUGGGGUUUUCUAAUUGACCCCAUAUUCAGCGAUAACGACCGUUUUCCAUAUCUCACAAAAGUCAUACCAGAUUCACUAAAAAUGAUGGAAACAUUGGUGCCAUUGUUCCGAAUGUUUGAAUGGAAUCGUGUAGCUAUCUUUUAUACCCCAAACGAAGUGCAGUACUGCGACACAAUCAUCGACGAUGCUGACACAGCAUUCGGUGAUGACUCGACGUAUGUGAUAAAUAUCGUGCAGAAAGUUACAUGGGAUGGUCAGGACAACGAUUACAUAAGAGAUCAAUUGCAUCGUACUAAAAACAAUGCAAGAAGUCAAGUAGCGAGAGGUAAUAGAGUGGCAAACAUGAGAUUGGAGAUCCACUGUGACGAAUUUCAGGUGGACUUAAAUGGUGACGACGUCGAUCCACAAAAGCUAAAAGAUUUCCGUGAGAACGUGGUUGCACGAGUACGAAACGAUCCACUGUAUUGUGACACGCAAGCGUGUUUAUCGAAUGAUGGAAAGACGAUGGCGACGUGGGCACGGCACCUUCAUGAUGUCUUCUAUUUAUACGGAUUGGCUUUGAAUGAUUCACUAACAAUGGAUCCUUCCGGAGGACAUUCUAACGCCUCUACUCUCACAGAAGCGAUGAAACGAAGUUUCGUAGGACUGACCGGAUUGGUUACCAUAAACGCAAAUGGAUCACGUAUUCCACUGUUUUCGGUCUACGUCCUUGAUGACAACUUCAAUCAAGUCACUGCUAUCAAUUUCACGAUUACUGAUGGAGUAGCCGUAAUUACCGCUCGAUACCGCUGGACCAAAACCAUUGCUGAUCUUUUUGAGGUAAUGACGAAAGGCUACACAGAUGAAGCAACAACUCUUUGGGGAACUCGAGGUGGCCGUCGACCGCUCGUUCGUCCGAAAUGUGGCUACACGGGAGCUGAUUGUCCUAAGCCAUUCUGGGAGCAGCAUGGCAUAUAUGUAGUGGUUGGAGCAGGGCUAAUAGCAAUUUUACUGAUUGCGACGGUGGUAUUAAUUGUUUACGCUGUAAGAAUUCGUAAGGAAGAGGAAAAGCAGCAGCGUUCACUAUGGCAGAUCCCUUCUAUGAAGCUGAGAAAGCCACCAACUUCGCGAGAACUUCAACAAGAGAGCAAACGUUCACUACAGUCGGGUCCAUCGACGAUAACAGGAGACUCAAGACUUACACAAUCGAAUUUCGGCGACUACGAGAUCUAUUUUCUUGAAAAUGACGCUGUUCUGACUAAAACAUAUCCAGCAGUUGGACUGACAGACGAUGACAAGUCUAUAUUUCCACAGAUGAGGAAAUUGGAUCACGACAAUGUUAAUCGAUUUGUUGGGCUUUCGAUUGAUGGCUCCGAAUAUAUAGCUGUUUGGCGGAUGUGUUCCAGAGGUACCCUACAGCGAAUCAGGUCACUGUUACAGGAGCUUAUUUCGAAGGGCUCAUUGUGGUUUGAUCCGUUUUUCAUGCUAUGUAUAAUGAGGGAUAUCGCUGAGGGUACUCGCUUCCUGCAAAACUCGAUUAUUGGUUGUCACGGUCGUCUCUCUUCGAGAAGUUGUUUGGUGACUGACAGCUGGCAAGUUAAAAUAUCAGACUAUGGCACCGAUUCUUUGCGAGAGGAUGAACGACUCAAGAAAAGACGUCUAUUAUGGCUAGCUCCUGAACAUCUACGAUCUCCGGAGACCUCCAUGAAAAAGUCAAAAGAAGGCGACAUAUACUCUUUUGCUAUUGUUGCCUCUGAGGUUGUAACGCGGAAAGCGGCAUGGAACUUGCAUGAACGGAAAGAACGCAUUGACGAACUGCUUUAUAUGUUAAAAAAGGGAGGACCUGCACCACCGCGACCAGAUCUCAAUGUUGACGGCGAAAUCAAUGUGGCAGUGCUUCACCUCAUACGAGACUGCUGGAACGAAAAACCGGCGGACCGCCCAAAUUGCGAAACUCUGUGCAAUAUGUUAAAGGCGAUAAUGCCAGACAAGAAAUCCAAUUUAAUGGAUCAUAUGUUCGACAUGUUGGAAGACUACACCACAACACUUGAGUUGGAUGUCGAGGAGCGAACAAAGCAAUUGCAGGAGGAAAAGAAGAAGGCUGACAUUCUUUUGGGAAAGAUGCUGCCCAGGCAAGUGGCGGAUCGCUUGAAAUUGGGACAAGCAGUGGAACCAGAGAGUUUCGAUAGCGUCACAGUAUUCUUUUCCGAUGUGGUUAAAUUUACUCAACUAGCUGCUAAAUGCACACCGUUUCAAGUUGUAAACCUUCUCAACGACCUCUACAACGGGUUUGAUUCAAUCAUUGAGGAGCACACUAUAUACAAGGUAGAGUCGAUUGGUGAUGGCUAUUUGUGCGUCUCUGGUCUCCCGGUGAGGAAUGGUACAGCUCAUAUCAAGGAGAUAGCUGAGCUGUCACUAUCGUUCAUGAAGUUUGUGGAAGAGUUCAGAAUACUUGCUCUUCCGAGAGAAAGAGUACAACUUCGAAUCGGACUAAAUUCCGGCCCUUGCGUCGCCGGUGUCGUUGGCCUGAGUAUGCCUCGCUACUGCCUAUUCGGAGACACUGUGAACACUGCAUCACGAAUGGAAAGCAAUGGAAAACCUGGUCACAUUCAUAUGUCCAAGGGAGCGCACGACUUGCUUGUUAACGAAUACCAUGCAGAUUACGAGACACAGUCAAGAGGAGAAGUAAUUAUAAAGGGAAAAGGUGUGAUGGAGACAUUUUGGUUGAUUGGCCGUCGAGCCGCUUCCUCUGCUGGACUUCCAUCUGAAGAACGUGCGGAGCAGAAAACAGAAAAGCAUUCCGAGCAGCUCAAAGACGAUCCAAACAACCCAGCAGAGCUGAGUGCUCCAGAGACGACGCCACCAUCGACUCCGGGCUCUGUUUCCUCGAAUACAAUGUACAAAGAAUAUUUGCGUAGUAACACUAUUGAAGCAUAUUAG